AUGGCAGCCUCAAGCCAGAAGGAUAUUCUCCUUCCUCAACCCUCGAGCCUCCUAAUUCGCGUGAGCUGCUUCUUCCGCAAAGAUCCUUCAAUAUCGCAGGAAGAAUUCAACACCUACUGGCGGGAUACGCAUGGAUCGCUCGUCGUCGCGUCCAAAAUCUAUCGCGACACCAGAAUUCAAGGAUACACUCAAGUCCACAACACCCGCGAGCUGAGCAAGGAGGCUGCAGAGAUGGGAUUAUCCGUUCUGGACUUCGAAUGGGAUGCCUGCUCGGAGAUGUAUUUCCACAGCUGGGAGGACUAUCGCCGGUUUGCCGCCAGCGAUGAAAUGCGAGACGUUCUGGGGCCCGAUGGAGCGCACAUUAUGGGCGCCGACAAGACCGUGAGGGCUAUUGUUUCUCUCGUUGAUCCUGUACAUAGAGAGCAACCGCUGUAG